CGGCAUGCCCGAGGUUGACGAAUGGCGAUCGUGGAUAAAUAUCCCAGCUGGCGUCUGAUGCUCCCGAUGGGCGUGAUCCGUACAGACUGUUAUUUGGAAUGCAAUCGUCAGUCCUGUCGAAGCCAGAUUUUGGCGGAUUCUCGCAACGCGGACCUUGGGAUGCAGAGAUCUCCUGGCCAGCGCAACUUCAUCGCUACUCAGACGCCGCUUCCCCCAGAUUCAAUAGGCAGACGCCGCUUCCCCCAAUUCAAUAGCCAACCAUGUGCCACGGGCAUCCACAUUACCAUUCCUGCGGCCACCAAUCCGUGACAUGGCACUACUGCCCCUCAGCCCUCAUCGACUUGACGACAGGCUAUGAGACACCAUGUCCUAACAUCACGUUUGCUGCGUCACAACUCUCCUCGUCGUCAUGCCCGCUGGCCAACUGCGAUUUCCGGAGCACGGGAGGCGGCGUGUGGACGUGUUGCAAAUGCGGAGGGAGGAAUAACGGCGGGUGGUGCAAGAACAUGUCGUCAGAUCCCAAAUGGGAGAAAAAUCCCAUCACCAACGAGUGGGAAUGGAUUGAGAGGUGCGACCACGGGUGUUGCCGGAACUGUGUCAAGGACGCUCCGACUGGAGCUGGCGAGUCCAGCCGUAAAGAGGCCCGAGGCGGGAAGGAGUCGCGGAAACACCGACAAAACGCGGCAUCGGCGGUGGAUCCGGUUGCCCCGUUCAAGAUCACGCUGGACUACAGCGGAAAGGGUGGCAGGGGCUCUACAAAAAAAGACAAGGAGGUGAAGUCAUCGUCCCGCAGGAGAAAGUAGCAGCAGAGGGGCGGGGUUGAAUACACCAUAACGGGGGAAGGGGGGCUG